GCGACACCGGCCUUGUUCUGUCAUUCUGUACAAAUUGUAUUUAAGCAGUAGAUUUCUUUUCUUGCUUCUACUGUUUUUAAGAUAACAAGUUCCUGCUUCUACUACCUGCUGGAUGAGUUGGCUUUUUUUCUUUUGUUGAUGCAUAGCCUAAAUAAAAGAUGGAUUAAGGCAUUUUUGUCUAAGAAAUUGUGAUGCUUACCAUGCUCAUUCAGAAUGCAUAUCUUCGUGAGGAGCCCCACCGGCAGAACAAUCCGCCUCCGGGUCCAACCAUCAGAUACCUUGCGUACCGUUAAGGCGAAGAUUCUCGAACAGCACCGCCUUGUCUUUGAUGGAGAGCAGCUAGAUGAAAACCUUACAUUGGCUGAUUAUGACAUCCAGCAUCAAUCCACGCUUGACCUCCAAGAAAAGAUGCAAAUCUAUGUAAUGGAGACGCUAAAAGGCAAGACCAUCACACUUGAGGUUGACAACUUAGAUACUAUUGACAACGUGAAGAGCAGGAUUGAAUAUACCGAGGGAUUUCCCAAGGGUCAGCAGUGCCUCAUCUUCGACAACAAACAGUUGGACGACAGCAGCACCUUGGCGGACCACAACAUUUGGAAGGAGUCCACCGUUCUCCUUGUCCUCCACCCAUUUCCAAGAGGUAGGAUGCAGAUCUUUGCGAAGACGCUGUACGGAACAACCAUCCCUCUUGAGGUUGAGAGCUCAGAUACCAUUGAUGCUGUCAAGCUGAAGAUCUACGAGAAGGAUGGCACUCGCCCCAAACAGCAACGCCUCAUCUUUUUUGGCAGAAAAAUGGAGGGCAGCCGCACCCUGGCAGACUAUAACAUCCAGCACCAAUCUACCAUCCAUGUGGUGCUCUGCCUUUGCGGUUGUUGAGAUAUUUAUAAUGAUCGCUGAAAAGUACACGAUCUUGUGCUUAAUCGUUUUUCUUUCUUCCUGGCGCUUCGUCGCUCAUAAAGACUUCCUCUUUAUCAUGGCACAAUCUCAUGCGGGUUUGUUAAAAAAAAAUCGCUGAAGACAGAUCUGGUUCUGGUGCAGCCUUG